AUGAAUCAGGGAAUUUGGAAAAUUUACAAGAGCAAGGUGUUAAAAAGUUUCACAGCUGAAGAAGAAGAAGAAGAAAUCAAGGAGCAGAACAAUGACACAGUGAUGGACAUGAGCACAGAGGAAGGUUCCAGUCCUGUCUCACUGUUGGCAAAAAAGGUACAAGGGGCCAGUGCAAAGGGUUGGAAAUGUAUGUCCUCACUCUUCAACAAGGAUGAUGAACACAAGUUACUCCCAGCCGAGAACACCACCCCAGUUGAACAUGUCCUUUCAGAACCGGCACCAAAAGAGCCCAGACCCGAGAGGAAACUGACCGGGUUCUGGGAUGUCUUCGCCACCCGGUGGAACCAGGUGUCCGAGGGCAGCGAUGGCACAGACGCGAGCUCUGGAGAGGGGGAGGCUGCAAGUGCCACACACAGCGAGGGCGGCGGCAUGGACAACUCAUGCAGUUCUGGCCAGUACACCAACCUGGAGGAGCCCAGCGACCCUGGCUUCAAGUGGAGCUUUGUAACCAGCAAGCUGGCGGAACUGAAAAAUAAAAGUAUGCAAAAAAGCAAUUAG